AUGGAAGAAGAGGACAGAGGCGGCGGGUCGCCGGGCAAAGAGACUGCUCGCAGCACAGAUGCAGCCGACGGAACGGCUGUAGACUCAGCCGAGACGAUAGCAGCGACGCGGCAGCGAACGGGCAGCGCGUCACCGGCAUCGAUGCAACGGGUGUGGGCCAGAGCAGUGGCAGCACGGGUGUACGACAUUGUGCCGACGAUGGCGGCACCGCAAGCGACGAGUAUCAACGCGCUGGCUGUCACGCCAGACCUGCGUUUCAUCAUGACCGGCGGAUCGGACGGCUAUAUUCGCAAGUACGACGGGCCAGGCACCAUAAACGGCAAGCAGCUGCUGACCGUGGCCCAGCGACACCCGUUUGUCGACAGCGUCGUCAAGGCCGGCAUCCUGAUGUCCGCGGCCGAGGAUCACAUCCUGUCGCCGGUCUACUCGCUGGCCGUGCACUCGCACGCUCUCUGGCUGCUGGCCGGCACAGAAGGCGGCGGGAUCAACCUGCAGAGCGUGCGGCACGACGAGGGAAAACGUAUCACCAGCCUGCUGGGCCAUAGCAAUGCCGUCAGCGUGUUGCAGCUGGCGCCCGACGAACGGAGCGUGCUGAGCGGCAGUUGGGACAAGAACAUUUUCGACUGGGAUCUCAACACAGGUCACGUGCGUCGCCAUUUCGACGGCACCGGCGGCCAAGUUUCAGCCAUUGAGCUGCGCCCGGCCAGCGGCGCGCCCAUCCCGUCACAGGACGACCAUCAGCCGCUGACUAAUGGCGUCUCCGUGCGCGAUGGCCCGACCAGCGGGGAGAUCAACGGAGAGACCGGCUUGGGCACGGCAGCCGGUGUAGGCGUAGGGCCAUCAGCGAGCGGUGCAUCAGCCACGAUCAACGGCGACGACCCCAUCCCCGAUCACGAGUCGCUAUUUGGCAGCCCGGUCGUACCGCUGUACGGCGGCAUGGGCGAGAAUUCGUUUGGCGACGACGACGGCGGCAUGGUCACGGCUAUCGACAGCUUUGAGCAGGACGUCGACAUGGUGUUGGACAGCAGCAACAACAACGAAGCUGCAGCAACCGACGCCUUUGGCGACUCUUUUGGCGCAGAUACGGCCGCUUCUGUUUCUGCUCUUUCAGCCUCUGCUGCAGCGCUACCCCUCGACGACGACCCGCCAGCUACAGAUCCCAUGGUUGACCAACCGUCCACGCCAGCUGCUCUUCAGCAGCAGCUGUCGGCCCAGACCCACGGCCCCGACUUUGCCGACGCCCCGCUGCUCUCGUCCUCGGCUGCUGAGCCGCCUGCAUCGCAAACCGAGCCCAGCUCUCAGGCCACCCAGACCGCUGCCGACGCCACCCAGACGUCCCUGAUCAAGUCCGAGGCCGCCCUGCCGUCUCAGCACGGCUCUCCACCUCCCGUCUCCUCCCCCUCGGCUCUUGUCUACUCGUCCCAACCGCCUCCGGCCGAGUUCGAUCCCACCCAGAUCUCCGAGACCACAUUUUUCUCUGCCAGCAUCGACGGCACCAUCCGCAUCUGGGAUCGUCGACAGAGCCUGCCUAUCGCCCGCAUCGGCAACCGUCCUGGCGUGCCGCCCUGGUGCAUGGGCGCCUGUUGGAGCCCCGAUGGCAACCGCAUCUACGCCGGACGUCGCAAUGGCAUCGUCGAGGAGUUCGACAUCCAUCGUGCCCGCAGCUCCUGGAAGCCUGAGCGCUCUCUUCGCUUUCCUGCUGGUAGCGGGCCUGUCAGUGCUGUUCGCGCCAUGGUCAAUGGCCGUCAUCUUGUGUGUGCCUCCCACGAUAUCCUCCGCCUCUACGACCUCAACGAUGCCGCCUCUAAGACCUCCAGCGUCCCCUUCCUCAUCAUCCCCGGACCUCCGCGCGCUGGCGUCAUCUCCCACCUCUACAUCGACCGCACUUCGCGCUACAUGUUCUCCACCGCCGGUACUCGUGGCUGGGAGGGCACAAGCACCGAGGCCCUGAUCGGCUACGAGAUCAAUUCCGUCGUCGGCUAG